GAAACGGUUUCUCUAUAAACAAAGAUCAGGAUGACCAGCUCUACCCGAGAACAUCUGCUUUUUGCCCGAAGGCGUAAUCCACAAUUGCGUUACACUUUGAGUCCAGAGAACCUCCAAAGCCUUACAUCUCAGGGCGCCGUGGCUGAGAACGUGAACUUGCAGCGCGCCAACAGUGACACGGAUCUGGUGACUUUUGAAAGCCGCUCUAGUUUGACUGCAAGCAUGUAUGAAUACACUCUAGGACAAUCUCAGAACCUCAUCAUUUUCUGGGAUAUUAAAGAAGAGGUGGAUCCCACAGACUGGAUUGGGCUAUACCAUAUUGAUGAGAACUCACCAGCAAAUUUCUGGGAUUCUAAAAACCGUGGUGUGACUGGAACACAGAAAGGACAGAUCAUAUGGCGGAUUGAACCUGGUCCCUAUUUCAUGGAACAUAUUCGGGCCAUUGGACUUAAAAAAGGAAUGUUCUUCAAUCCUGACCCUUAUCUAAAGAUGUCCAUUCAGCCUGGAAAAAAGAAAACGUUUCCUACAUUUGCACAUCACGGGCAGGAAAGGCGGUCCAAUAUCAUCAAUUUUCUCAGCAAUAUAAUACGUUGCAUAUAUGGAGAAAGACAAAUUCAGUUUGAAAACAAUUAUCAGCUAUUCCCAAGUGAUGUUGUUGAUGCAGAUGCUUCACCAGAAACUGUAGGAACCCUUCUUGGAGUAAAUUCUGUCAAUGGGGACUUAGGAAGCCCUUCUGAUGAUGAGGAUAUACCUGCAGGGCAUCAUGAUACACAUCCACUUUUUUCAAAUGGCCCAAUUCUUGAAGAAUCAUCUGGACACGCCAUCUUGCGGCAUUCCUUUAGGACUAGUACUACUUCGGAAACAGAUCAAGAGGAUUCAGCCUCUACAACGUCGAGGUCCUCAGUUCCCAGGGGCCGCCAGGACUCCUUGAACGACUACCUAGAUGCAAUCGAACAAAAUAAUCUUCCUAGAUCUGGGACCUCUGCUUGUAAUGAACGUACUAUUGGGGCAUCCCCAAAAUUGAAGAGUAGCUUCCCUACUGACACACGACUUAAUGCUAUGCUUCACAUUGAUUCUGACGAAGAGGAACAUGAAUUCCAUCACAGUUUGGGUUUCCAGUCAUCAGUGGAUGAUGACGGUGGUGGUUUGAUCAUGCUAAAUGGUACUGCUAGAAAUGAUGAAUCGGUUUUCUUAAAUGGCUCCUCAAGCCAAGUAACACAAAGCCAAGUCUCUGAAGAAAUUGUGACGGCACCCGAUGUAGAAAUACCUCCGCAAACUUCCUGUUGUCAGGAGGAGAUGUCCAAUGGGCCUGCUGAAUUGGAGAUAGCAGGACAAGAAACUGAAACUCCUCAGAAUUCUCAGGAUGAUUGUCUAGAAGAUUCAGCAAGCAAUACCAUUUCUGUACCUCAGGAGGCAGAACAACCCACGUCUGGUGCGGAUCCUGGAACUUCUGAGUCAGUUUCUGGGAGCAAAAGGGAAAUCAGGGAAGCUGAAUCUAUUGACCAAGGAUCAGAACCUUCCCAGAUUUCAUCAGAGACCGAGCAAAGUGAUGCUGCUCAUACAGAGAGUGUUAGUGAAUCAAGCACCAGGCCAGAGGGAGAAAGUGACAUAGAGGGGGCUGACGGCUCUUGCAAUGAAGGCACAGCUACCCAACUCUCCUCUGUUGACACUUGCUGCUCUUCCCUUGAAAGCAAUCGCUUUCCUGAGACUCCGGCCUUUUCUUCACAGGAGGAAGAAGAAGGUGCCUGUGCAGCAGAGGCUUCCAGGAGUGAGCCAGAAACUCAGGACGCUGUGUGCACUCAGGCCUUUUUACCUGCAGUGCACUUACCAACCACUCAAGAGGAAGGCCAGCUGUUUGAAGAUGGGCUGCCAGAUGGUGAUGACUCGGAAGAGAUAUGGCAGAGGAGACAGAACCUGCAGGCAGCAGCUGCACACAACCAGUCUCAAGAGGAAGAUGUGAGAGGUGCAUCAGCAUCAUGUGAAGGAGCUGCUUCACAGGAGGCUGGCGCUAGUGGAGGUUCUCAGCCUGAUGGUCCUCUGAGAUCUCUUCCCUCAGUUCGUCAGGAUGUUAGUCGUUAUCAGAGGGUGGAUGAAGCUUUGCCACCAAAUUGGGAAGCACGUAUUGACAGUCAUGGGAGAAUAUUCUAUGUGGACCAUGUUAACAGAACCACAACAUGGCAGAGGCCCACAGGUCCACCAGCCCAGCAAAUCCUUCAACGUUCCAACUCCAUACAGCAGAUGGAGCAAUUGAAUCGCCGGUUUAUUUCCCAUUCCACUCCUAGUGACUCAGAGCUUUUAACUUACAAACCUAAAUGCAGUCUUGAAACAGAGACUGGAUGGUUAUCAUCUGUCAUUGAUGCACUAGCGAAUAUUGCACUGAUAGUUGGAUUGGAUAACCUCUAUGACGUCUAA